UCAGUGACCAAGUGGCGCAAGAUAUAGCAACAAGGGAGGGGAGCGCAAUAUUUAGUGAGGUUUAGUGGUAAAGACAGCUACUGUGGGAGUAACACUUCAGGAACAAAGAGACACACAGUCAGGACAACAGCCAGUGGAGCGUCACCGUUCUAUAACUGUGGAUGUACUCUCAGAUGGAUUAUGCUAUGAAGUCCCUCAGCCUUCUUACUCCGUCUUCCCUCUCCAAAUGUGUGACAGCCAGCGUGUCAGCCAGCGCUUCCAUGACCCAGCAGCUCCUGUUGGGUCGUGUUCCUCGGCCAAGGCCCUUCAGGGUCACAAACGCUGACCGCAGUGUGAAGAAGGGCAUCAUUGCAGACAUGUUGGAAGACCUGAUGAACAAGGCUAGUGACUCAUUGAGUGUGCUGUGUGUCAGCGCUCUGAUGCUGGAUGAAGAUGGCACAGGGGUGGACACAGAGGAGUUCUUCCAGACGCUGCCUGAAAACACUGUCUUCAUGGUCCUGGAGAAGGGCGAGAAGUGGACCCCACAUCCAAACAGCCCGCCCAGAGAUCAGCUCAGUGAGUGCGAGCCACGACAUCGGACAGAUGUGGCCAAACUGACUUUUGACCUGUACAAGAACAACCCCAAGGAUUUCAUCGGCUGCCUGAACGUGAAAGCAACCCUGUAUGGUGUUUACUCUGUGUCCUAUGACCUGCGCUGUUACGCUGCCAAAAAUAUGCUAAAGGAGGCUCUGCGCUGGACCAUCUUCUCCAUGCAAGCCACAGGCCACAUCCUGCUGGGCUCCUCCUGCUACAUUGAGCAGCUGCUAGAGGAUGAGGAGCAAGCGGAGAAGGGACUGAUGCUGCCACAGGAAGGCAGGAUCAGGCAGCUGCAGAGCAUGCUGCUGGGAAAGAUCACUCACUGAUAAUUGACUUGAGCCUGAAGAAAAAACAGAUUAGAUUUAGGACAUAGUGUAGAAGUCACAGAUGAAACAGGUGUGCUUGGCCUGUUAUGUCACCUCCUGUGCGGACAUUUCAGACACUCGUCUCACUUUCUUGCUCUGUUACAUUUUUUUUGUGUGUGUUUACGUAGAAGCCGACGCUACAAGUUAUUCCUCAGAAAGCACUUUUACUCACUGCUUUGUCACUUUUUCCUGUGGAGAUGAAUAAAUAAAACUUUUAUUUUUCUGUUCCUGAAAGUCUACAUACAGUUGGUCCACUCGUUGAUUUAGAUGUUCAGUAUCAGCCCAUUAAGCUGGCUUUGUGUGUGUUGUUCCUGGUCAUAGUCAGUGUAAUUGGCAACAGGUCCAGCUGUCUCUCCCACGCUUCCCUAAUUG